GAUACCGCUGGUAUCGAUGCCAGUAUCGCCCAUCCCUAGUGUUUGGCCCGUUUGGCCUUAAGAUAAAUGUUGAUCCAUCUCGCCAGCUAUAUAAUUUUAUUUUUUGUUUCAUUCUAUUUUAAAAUAACAAACAACGAAAUGGAGACAAGAAUAAAGAAGAAGGGACGAAGCUAUCAGCUUUCAUCAGAACGUAAGAGUAACGUUUAUGCAGAGAUUGAAAGAUCAGGCAUAUCAAAUUCUCCUUUAUGCCCACGAAUUUUGCAGAAAAAGUCUGUAGAAUCGGGAUUCACAAUAGCUGCAAAAAUACCUCAGUUAAUGAACGAGACAUCAUUAAGAGCAACGCCGAGUACAAACAAUUUGCGAACUCUGAAAAGCAUGACCAAAUCUAUAAAUUUGUUUGUCGCCGAUAACACGCUCAAUACCUGCGUUCCUAAUUAUUUGAAUGAAACGAACUCGGAUUUUUUUGUCAUUGGAAUCAUUGGUGUGCAAGGCACUGGAAAAUCAACUAUUUUAAAUAUGCUGGCUGCUUCGAAAGAUAAAAACGGUUCUAUUGAUUCUACUAUAUUUGACGCAAGCGAAAAUGUAUUUCCCAUCAAUAAGGUUUUCGAAACAAGAGAAAAUAUUGAAUUCGAUGAAUUUAAAAUGUACAUAACUCAUGACAGAGUAAUUUUAUUGGACAGCGCACCAGUACUUAUGAAUAAACAAAAGGCAGAUUUUAUAGGGAGUGAAUUAGAAGAUAUUAAAAAAAUAAGUCUUUUGUUGAAUAUUUGCCAUGUGUUGAUAGUGUUGCAAGACGAAUAUCAUAAUUUAAACUUUAACAGAUUAUUUAUGCACGCAAUGAUUCAACAGCAUCAGAAGAUGAUCUUCUCACCAGAAGUCUUGUUUUUGAGAAAUAAAUGGAAACAAUAUUCUGAAAAUCAUAAGUGGGCACCACAUGAUGAGAUACUACAGUUUUUUUGCCGUAGAACCAAAAAGGAUGCCAAUAAUCAAAUUAAUAUUACAUAUUUCCCAUAUCUUACUGCGAGUGAUCCCAGAACUUUAAAUAAUAUAUUGGAGUUGCGACAACGGGUGUUUUCAAAAAUGAUACAUUCAUGUUUCAAAAACCAAGAGAUUUUGACGGAAAAAUCUUGGUAUCAAAUAGUUGUGAAUAUAGUAGAAAAACGUCGUAAUAAUUACUUCCUUAAAAAGUAUGACAAUCUGAAAGAAAAAUAUAAUUUGCACAACCACGUGAAUGUAGUAGAAAACGCUACCAAAGACAAAAAAAAGACGUCCCACAGACUUGCUGACAGCAGAUAGUAAACUAUUUUGAAAUUUUCUACUAAUGCUUCUCUUGCUAUUUGCAGAAGGUUCGCCUUAUCUCCAACUACAGAUCACUAAAUUAAGUGAACCUCAGCACCCACCUCUUCAAAACGCUAUUUGCCGUUUGUUGUUGAAAAUCAAACAUACAGAGACACUUUCACUGUUAAUGAAUUGUGGAUUAACCACGAUAUCAAGAAUUAAAACUAAUUGCAAAUUGCUUUAUUCCUCUGAGUUAGUGCAGAUCUACCCGGAAAAAAGAAACGACAUUGCGUAAUUUUAUGACGCAAGUAAGAAAGAGAUGCCAGAUAGUUGCUUACGAACUAGGCCCAUGCGGCGGUGUGCUAAAACUGGCAAAUUUUACAUUGCGCUUCAGGCAGCACGCCAGGUUAUUAUGCUUUUAGUUGAAAACUGGAGUUGUCAACCAGCGACAAUCGAAUUUUUUCUCAUGCCGUACAUUAUAAAUACCUAACAUCGGAAGUAGUGCGCUGUAUAGCGCAAUUAAUUUGCUAUGCAGCGCACUAUUUUCGACGUUAAGUAUAAUGUACGGUAUGUGAGAAAAAUCGAAUGUCGCUAGUCGAAAAAUUUCGACUUUCUACUGGGGCGACAAUAAUAAUGGAAACAUUUGUUUUAACUUUCACACAUUUGAUUUAACUAUCUCGUACAGGGUAGCCAACGCUAAGAGGAAGUGCUAGACAUGUCAUCAUACGCACUCAUACGUCUUGUUAGUUGAGAUCGUAGUUUGAAUAAAGAUAUUGUUAACCCGAACAACUCUUGUAUUUCAUAAAACUUUAACAUGGUUUCAAAAAUAGUCGUGUGCUUCUAGUUUCUUUCCAGCGUCAUCGAAUGAAAUCGCGGUGAACUGGUUUUGGUAACCCAUCUUUUUGUUUUUCCUUUAACCAAUGAUUUACUUAUUCAAAUGGAUUGGAAAAAUGUUCUUGUAGCAUCAGUCUAAUAUAUUCACUUAAUUGAUGCAAAGCAUGACCACACUAAAUCAGCAACAUCGACUGCAACAGCAAGCGGGAUCGGCAACAGCUUCGGUUUCUCAGUCAUUAGCAUUAUCGUUGGAAGGAGAUAUGACAGGCAGCUUUGACUUUUUCGGAAGAAAUUGGCGAAAAUAUAUGAGUGUCAUAGAAAUGGACAAAUGACCACCGGCAGACAUUCCUAGAAAAGUGAGUGUGUCGCCUUCGGUCGAAAGCCAUUGUGUUCAAUGCAUAAAUUUGUUGUGACAUAUUACUGUAGAAAUAUAAGUGGAAUUUGUAGUGAAGUAGAA